UACUUCAAUCGAGGGUCACACGCACCCGUGCCGUGCUUUCUCAGCCUGGGGGAGGUUCUGCGCCGACGACAAGGGUCAAGGGGGGAAGAGAAAGCCUCGCGUCUUCACCGGCCACGCGCGCCAUGUCCGAGACAGAAACGGCGGCGGCGGCGGCGGCGGCGACAUCGGCGGACCGGAAGGCCCGGCGGCUGCGGGGGCACAAGAAGGGCGCCGUCACCUGCUGCGUCGCGUCCUCCGCCCGCCCGGGCGUCGUGGCGUCAUCCGGCGAGGAUGGAUGUCUUUGCUGGUUUGAUUUGCGCACCAAAGAUGUGCUCUUGACCAUUGAGGCAGCAAAUAAACCUAUUUCUUCCAUCUGUUUUAAAUCAGGAAAUGAAGAUCAUGUAUAUAUAUCAGCUGGAAACGAAAUUCUGUCCUUUGAUAUUCGUAUGGGAUCUCAAUCAAAGCCACUGGAGACGUAUAACUACAAUAGAGAUGAAAUCAACCAGAUUGCUGUCAGUUCUAAAGGCUAUCUUGCUGCUGCAGAUGACAGUGGGGAUGUUAAGAUUGUCAAUACCACUCAAAAGUGCUUGUACAAAAGAUUGAGGGAAGCCCACACAAGUGUAUCCUUAUAUGGUCUGGAUAAACUCAUACCUUUUCAUCAAAUAACAGUGUUUAGGUUUAGUUUUGCGUAUUAUUAUUCCCACUUUAAUGUCUCCGUUGCCCUGCAACUGUCUUCCUUAGCAAUAUUUCAACAGAUUUGCAGCAGUGUACAAUUCAUUCCUUGGAGACCUUGGACAGCAAUUACUGGUGGCCUCGACUCAAAGCUUGCUGUGUGGGAUUUCUCCAAAGGGCGAACACUAUUUUCUAUUGAUUAUGGAUCACCUGAGUUGCAAAAUAGCAGUUCUUCGGGUAGUACAGGGCAAUGUCUCAACCCUGCUUUCGUUCACUCGGUAGCAGUUUCUGAAGAGGGCAUUUUAGGAGGGUUGUACAAAGUUUGUGCCGUUGCAAGGGGGGACGGUGCUGUUGAUGUAGUUGAUCUAGAAUAUGAAUUGGCCCCUGCAAAAUCCAAAGGCCCUUCUCGGGCAAGGGGGUCGACCAUGAGCUCAAAAACAACUGAUCUUGGGGAUGGGAGCAAUAAUCAAUGUCAAAGGAGAAGGAUCCAUCUUGAUUACUCAAUGGGUGGCCAUACUGCAGCUGUCUCCUGUGUGGCAUUUUCAGCGUUUGGUGAGAAGGGAAAGUUACUUGUUUCAGGUGGUAACGACGCAUCACUGAAAGUAUGGGAUUGGUCCAAAGGAUUUUCUCCUGAAACAAGCAGCAAUAGUGAACUGGUGUUGGAUAUUGAUGUGAAGAAAAAGGUAAAUUGGUUGUGUACUGCUCCAACUGAUUCAGAUAACCUGAUUGUGUGCGACACAUCCAAGGUGGUCAAAGUAUAUAAUUUCUUGUAGAUGGAGAAAUGCGCGGUGUUGCCUUAUGGACAGUUUUCUGGGUAUGACACAACAUGUUUCCUGGUCAUCAGUGCCAUGUUUGCCCUGACUCCUGUCUUUUCAUAUGAACCCAAGCCAGCUGCAGCUAGACCUGGUGAAAUGACAGUACAUGACUUGAGAGGCUCUGCAGAAACCAUUUUUUGUAACGAGACAAAAGUUAUGUGGUACUGAAAUCUUGUACUCUGAUGUGCUGCUAGGAUAGACAUGUAUAUCUUUGUUGUGUUGGCGUUAUAAAUGUAUGGUUUCAGUAUGGAA